CGCAGAUUUAGAAUCUCCUAAUGUGUAAAAUGUCAAACAAGAAUGGAUAAUGAUUUGUUUUGAGCCGAAUACCCUGUGUCAGGUGCCAUUCCUCAAGACUGAAAAGAAGCCAAUUGGUGGAAUAUUUACAUAAAUAUUUAGCUAUCACGGAAACAGGACUACACAAGUUGUGAAAUCAAAUAUGAAUCCUUUAAACUCUGUGAGAAACUUUUCUCCCAAGAAAAACGCUAUCACUGAGGACUACGAAAUAACAAAACAAGUAUUGGGCCUUGGAAUUAGUGGAAAAGUUGUAGAAUGCUUCAACAAAAACACUAAAGAAAAAUUUGCUUUAAAGGUACUGUCUGAAAGUGAGAAGGCCAAAAGGGAAGUCACAUUACAUUGGAGAGCUAGUGGUUGUCGACAUAUUGUUAAUAUCAUUGAUGUUUAUGAAAAUAAAUUGCAGAACAAGAUCUGCCUUUUUGUUGUCAUGGAGUGCAUGGAAGGAGGCGAACUAUUUCAAAGAAUUCAAGACAAGGCGGAAGGAACUGCAUUUACAGAAAGAGAAGCCGCACAAGUCAUGAAUGAAAUCUGCGUGGCUGUAAAAUAUUUACAUGAUCUAGAUAUUGCCCAUAGAGACUUAAAGCCGGAAAACCUUCUAUAUUCCAAAAAAGGUACUUAUGGUGUACUUAAGUUAACUGAUUUUGGAUUCGCCAAAGAGACUAUUAAUAAAGACACCUUACAAACUCCUUGUUACACCCCUUAUUAUGUUGCUCCUGAAGUAUUGGGACCAGAAAAGUAUGACAAAAGCUGUGAUAUUUGGUCUCUAGGUGUCAUUAUGUAUAUUUUAUUGUGUGGAUAUCCGCCAUUUUAUAGCGACCAUGGAUUGGCUAUUUCACCAGGUAUGAAAAAGCGCAUUAGAACCGGCCAGUACAGUUUUCCAGAUCUUGAGUGGCAGAAAGUUAGUGAUGCUGCUAAAAAACUUAUUAAUGGAAUGCUAAACGUCGAUCCUGUUAAGAGAUUGUCAAUCGAUGAUGUUAUACACAACAGCUGGAUUGCGCAAUACACAGCAGUGCCACAAACUCCACUGCAUACUCAUAGAAUGCUAAAAGAAGGAGAGGAAAUGUGGUCCGAAGUACAAGAAGAAAUGACUAGAUCUCUUGCUACAAUGCGCGUUGAUUAUGAUCAAGUUCAAAUGAAACCACUAGAUAAGUCUAAUAAUUCAUUACUAAACAAACGUCGCAAAAAAGUCGCUGGUAUGUCAACAAGUCCCAAAAAAGUUUAGUCAGUUUAAAAGUACAGUUUCAAAACAGAGAUAUAGUGUUGACUUUCUAUGCAUGAAUGUCAGUCAAGAUCACUAUGCUAGUCACUUAUAAUUAUUUGAUUUCAUCACCUAAUUUGUUCUAAGUUAAAUUUUGUGUCAGGGUUAGUAAACGCAUUUCUUAGGUACCAUAUAAAUUUACUUUGUAUAAAUACUUAUUCAAAGUAAGUUUAUACUAUAACAGUGAGUUUAAUUUUAAGAGAAAUUUUAUUUGGCGCUUAUAGAGAAUGUAUUUCAAAGAGAUUUAUACACUUCAAAUCUUUAUACAAAUUUAAAUUAAAAAAGAGACAACAACGCGUUUUGUGACAGACAUUAGGGGACAUUUCUAAUAUAUCUUACAUACAUAUUACAAAUACAAUCAAAUUAUUACGAAUACUACAUUUUAAGUAGUGUCUUGAAUUGCAUUUGUGACCUAAAAACAGUUCGUUCAGUUAAGGGAUGCGAAAAUAUAUACCUUCCGGUAUAUUGAUAUAACAUUUAAAUUCACUUAAUUAUUAAUAUUCUAAUUAGUCAAAUGUAAUCACAUCCCACGUGAAAAUUAAUAAUUAACAACAUAUUUGUCUUACGAUAAUGUUUUAGGUUAUGAUUAUUUUAUUAGUCUUAAACGCAGGUCUAAACUUCGUUUUUUUAUUUUUAAAUGUGCAAUAUUUUAUAACAAACAAAUGUAAAGAGUUGAAUCAUGUGCCUUUAUGAAACACCUCAUAAAAUAUAUUUCAGUUAACUUGGUACAAACGUCAUACCACAGUUCCUAUAAAAAUAGAUCGCAAAAAUCAUUCGAUUCAGUCAUCGAGGUGGUUUCCAUGCUGUUCCAAAUCAGAACGUUGGAAAAUGAAUUUUUAAGGGAUGUAUUUUAUGAUGGUAGGUUUUUGCCUGUAGUAUGUAUUUACACUAAUAUUACAUUUUCAUAUUGAAAUGUAUUAGUUUUAGAAGCUGUAUGUAAGACAUUAAAUGAUAGAAUAUGAUUCGUCAUGUAAGUCUAAACCAAUAAAAUUAUUGAUUACA